GCACCACUUGUAUAAGGAAACCCUCCUAUUAUUGACACGUCAUUCAUGAAUGACUCUCAACAGUGUGUGUGUGUUAGUGACAGUGUGUGAGUGUGUGUGAGGCGUGCCUUUUGAGCCAUAUUUUGUUAGUCAAUAAUAACUGACUUUUACUGUAAGUAAGCACUGGUUUGACGGCUAAUAAUACAUAGAAAUAGUUAGAGAGAGUGUUGUAUUGAAUGAAUGAAUGAAUGAAUGAAACGAUCAAUUGUUUGAUGACUGCAAUGAAUGCAAUGAUUGUCUUAUUAUUGAAUUUAAUUUGAUUUAUGUUUUUCUAUUUAUUUACUAUUUAUUUAUUAAUAAAAUCAUAAGUAAUAUCAUUGUUGACGACAAUCACUACAUUUGAUCCAAUAUAUAAAACUAGUGGUCAACUGUCACACAAUCGUUACUAUAAUCAUCAUUGCAAUCAUCAGCAACUGUCACACCAAUUGGUGAACAGACAGCAUGUCAUCGGACGUGAGCCGAGACGACACCUUUAAGUUUUUGGCCGUUGACCGGACACUAGUGAGUGAUCCGACAAAAGCGGCCGAAUGGGCGGCCAAACGACUGGUUUGGAUACCACAUGAAUCGGUGGGUUUUGUGGCGGCCAGUGUUAAAGUGGAGAGACAGGAUGACUUGGAAGUGGAAGUGGUGGACACAAACAAGAAGUGCAUUGUGGCCAAAGAUGAUGUCCAGAAGAUGAAUCCGCCGCGAUUUAACAAAGUCGAAGACAUGGCCGAACUGACGUGUCUUAACGAGGCUUCAGUGUUGCACAACCUAAAGGACAGGUACUACUCGAGCCUUAUCUACACCUAUUCAGGACUGUUCUGUGUUGUCGUCAAUCCAUACAAAAAGCUUCCCAUUUAUACCGAUAAAGUGAUUGAGUUAUACAAAGGCAAGAAACGACAUGAAGUGCCGCCACAUAUAUUUGCUGUCACUGAUGCUGCCUAUCGGUCAAUGCUUCAGGACAGGGAAGACCAGUCCAUACUGUGUACCGGUGAGAGUGGCGCCGGUAAGACCGAGAAUACUAAAAAAGUGAUUCAAUAUCUGGCUUAUGUGGCCUCAUCUAAGCCACGAACGUCGACCUCCACAUCUCUACACUCAUAUCAUACUCCGCCUCCGCCGCCAAAUAUAAUCGGAGAAUUAGAACAACAGUUACUGAAAGCCAAUCCUAUACUCGAAGCCUUCGGAAAUGCCAAGACUGUCAAGAAUGACAACUCGUCCCGAUUCGGGAAAUUCAUUAGAAUUAAUUUCGACGCCUCGGGAUUCAUUGCCGGCGCUAAUAUUGAAACCUACCUCUUAGAAAAGUCGCGUACAAUACGUCAAGCUGUUGAUGAGCGAUGUUUUCAUAUAUUUUAUCAAUUGUUAAACGGGACACAACCGGAACAAACGCGAGAAUUUUUGUUAGAAGACGUUAAAAACUAUACGUUCCUAACUCAUGGUAACGUACCCGUGCCUGGAGUUGACGAAACACUGGAGUUUAAUAAUACUGUUCAGGCCAUGCAAAUAAUGGGUCUCUCGCCCGACGACUUGAGUGCUAUAUUCAGAGUUGUUUCGUCUGUUAUACUUUUCGGUAACAUGAAGUUCAAACAGGAGAGGAAUUCAGAUCAGGCGACACUUCCAGACAAUACUGUCGCUCAAAAAGUUAGCCAUUUAUUAGGUCUAAACGUUAGUGAAAUGAUAAAAGCAUUCCUAAGACCCAGACUUAAAGUUGGUCGCGACUAUGUGACCAAAGCUCAGACUAAAGAACAAGUGGAGUCUGCGGUCGAAGCCAUUGCCAAAGCCUGUUAUGAAAGAAUGUUCAAAUGGUUAGUCUAUCGGAUUAAUCGGUCAUUAGACCGAACCAAACGACAGGGCGCUUCAUUCAUCGGUAUCCUCGAUAUCGCCGGUUUUGAAAUCUUUCAGCUCAACUCAUUCGAACAAAUGUGCAUUAAUUAUACGAACGAAAAACUUCAACAACUAUUCAAUCACACGAUGUUUAUCUUAGAACAGGAAGAAUAUCAACGCGAAGGCAUAGAAUGGAAAUUUAUUGACUUCGGUCUUGAUUUACAACCAACUAUUGAUUUGAUUGAAAAGCCAAUGGGAAUCCUUGCACUUCUUGAUGAGGAAUGUUGGUUUCCAAAAGCCACUGAUAAGACAUUUGUUGAAAAACUUGUUUCGGCACACAAUAUGCACCCAAAGUUUAUUAAAUCCGAUUUCAGAGCUAAUGCUGACUUCAGUAUAAUUCAUUACGCAGGAAAGGUUGAUUAUUUGGCCACUCAAUGGUUAAUGAAAAAUAUGGAUCCCUUAAAUGAGAAUGUUGUUUCUCUUUUACAAAACUCUUUGGAUCCAUUUGUUGUUCAGAUCUGGAAAGAUGCCGAAAUUGUCGGUAUGGGUGUGGCCACUAUGGGCGACACUCAAUUUGGUGCCCGAACUAGAAAAGGAAUGUUCCGCACAGUUAGUCAAUUGUAUAAGGAUCAACUGUCCAAAUUGAUGGUUACAUUACGCAACACUAACCCGAACUUUGUUCGCUGUAUUAUUCCCAAUCACGAGAAAAAGGCCGGAAAAAUAGACGCACAACUUGUGUUGGAUCAGCUCAGAUGUAAUGGUGUACUCGAAGGAAUUCGUAUUUGUCGUCAAGGAUUUCCAAAUAGAAUUCCUUUCCAAGAAUUUAGACAACGAUACGAGUUGUUGACCCCCAAUGCCAUACCCAAAGGUUUUAUGGACGGCAAGUUGGCGUGUGAGAAGAUGAUUGUCGCACUCGACUUGGAUCCCAAUUUAUAUAGAGUCGGACAAAGUAAAAUAUUUUUUAGAGCCGGCGUUUUGGCUCAACUUGAAGAGGAAAGGGAUAUGAAAAUAUCUGACCUCAUAGUGAACUUCCAGGCCUGGUGUAGGGGUCUAUUGGCGCGAAGAAAUUAUCAAAAACGUUUACAACAGUUAAAUGCCAUAAGAAUACUUCAGCGCAAUUGUGCCGCAUAUCUUAAGCUCCGCAACUGGAGCUGGUGGAGGCUCUACACCAAAGUUAAACCAUUGCUUGAAGUGACCAAACAUGAAGAUAAACUUCUCGAAAAAGAAGAUGAACUCAAACAAGUUAAGGAACAGAUGCUUAAAGCAGAACAAGAAGCCGUUGAGAUUGAGAAAAAGUUUCAGACAAUGGUUGAUGAAAAGGCUAUGAUUGCCGAACAACUUCAGGCCGAAACCGAACUCUGUGCCGAAGCAGAAGAAGCUCGUCUUAGACUCGCUGCGCGUAAACAAGAAUUAGAAGAAAUUCUUCACGAUUUAGAGGCGCGCAUUGAAGAGGAAGAGGAAAGAAAUCAAUCACUAACUACUGAAAAGAAAAAGUUACAACAAACCAUCCAAGACUUAGAGGAACAGUUAGAAGAAGAAGAGUCAACGCGUCAAAAGCUUCAACUCGAAAGAGUUACUUUGGAUACUAAGGCAAAGAAAUUAGAGGAAGACUAUGCUCUUCUAGAAGAUACUAAUAAUAAAGUAAUGAAAGAAAAGAAAGCAUUAGAAGACAGAUUGGGAGAGAUAUCCAAUUUGGCCUCAGAAGAGGAAGAAAAGGCUAAACACUUAAGCAAAUUGAAGGCCAAACACGAAGCGACUAUUACUGAUCUCGAGGAUCGACAUAAAAAGGAGCAACAGAUCAGACAAGAACUCGAAAGAGUUAAAAGAAGAUUAGAAACAGAGCUGAACGACAUUAAAGAGCAGUUAAAUGAGAAACGAUUGCACGUCGAAGAGCUUCAGACACAGCUUCAGAAACGUGAGGACGAGUUAUCACAGGCUUUGCUAAAAUGUGAUGAAGAGAGCGCUUCAAAGGCCCAAUCGGGUAAACUGUUGAGGGAAUUGGAGUCACAGAUACUGGAACUUCAAGAAGACUUGGAAAGUGAAAAACAGUCGAGAGCUAAGGCAGAGAAACAAAAGAGAGAUCUCAAUGAAGAACUGGAAGCACUUAAAAAUGAAUUACUCGACUCAUUGGAUGUGACGGCCGCUCAGCAAGACUUGACUGUCAAAAGAGAACAAGAGUUGGAACGACUGAAGAGGAAUCUGGAGGAGGAAACUAGUCAGCACGAGUCGCAGAUUAUUGACUUUCGUCAAAAACAUGCCAAAGCUAUCGAUGAAUUGAACGAACAGUUGGAUAACUUGAAGAAAGCUAAGACAUCGUUGGAUAAAUCGAAAGGCAAUCUGGAGGCAGAAAAACUAGAGUUAACUAAUGAGAUUCAGACACUCAACUCAGCCAAACAAGAUAGUGAUCGAAGACGCAAACAAUAUGAAACACAAUUGCAGGAAAUGGCCGCAAAACUUACUGACACUGAAAGAAUAAAAAAUGAUUUAAGCGAACGAACUGUCAAAUUGCAGACAGAGUUGGAAGGCGUUAGUCUUCAAUUCGAAGAAUUAGAACGAAGAGCUAGUCAUGCGAUUAAAAAUAGUUCUGCACUCGAAUCACAGCUCACCGAAGCUCAGGAUCUUCUUCAUGAAGAAACUAAGCAAAAAUUGUGCUUAAGUUCACGUCUGAGACAAGUCGAGGCUGAAAGAGAUGCACUUCAAGAGCAAAUUGAAGAGGAAGAAGAGGCAAAGAAAAACUUUGAGAAACAAAUCGCACAAUUAGUUCAACAAAUGGGCGAAAUGAAGAAGAAGACCGACGAUGAAACAGAACUGUUAGUUGUGAGUGAAGAGUCGCGCAAAAAGAUUCAAAAAGAAUAUGAAAUACUUCAAAGACAAUUAGAUGAAGCCGUGGUUAAUACCGACAAAUUUGAGAAAUCUAAGAGAAAACUUCAAUCAGAAGUGGAAGAUUUGAAUAUAGAAAUUGAAAGUCAAAGAUCUAAAGUAUCAGAAUUAGAGAAAAAGCAAAGAAAAUUUGACGCCAUGUUUGCCGAAGAGAAGACUUUAUCUGAACGCAUAGCUGCCGAACGAGACAAUGCUGAGAGAGAGGCCCGAGAAAAGGAAACGAAGAUUUUGUCGCUAACCCGAGCUCUUGAAGAAAAAGAGGAACAAUUUGAAGAACUAGAAAGAGCUAGACGUCAAAUACAAACAGAAUUAGAUGAAUUGGUCAACAAUCAAGAUUCGGCUCAUAAGAGCUUCCAUGACUUAGAAAAGGCUAAACGAAAUCUUGAGAACGCAGUGGCCGAACAAAAGGCACAAAUCGAAGAAUUGGAAGACGAAUUGCAACUGAGCGAAGACGCAAAGCUUCGUCUUGAAGUUAAUAUGCAGGCACUUAAGUCACAGUUCGAUCGCGAUAUGUUGGCCAAAGAGGAACAGUCAGAAGAUAAAAGACGACUUCUACUCAAACAGGUUAGAGAUUUAGAGGCAGAGUUAGAGGACGAACGCAAACAGAAAGCGGCCGCAAUCGGUGCCCGAAAGAAACAUGAAAGCGAAUACCAUGAGUUGGAACAACAAAUUGAAAUGGCAAACAAACAUAAAGAGGAUGCCAUUCGACAGUACAAACGAUUACAGGCGCAGAUGAAAGACUAUCAGAGAGAAGCAGAAGAGGCUAAAGCAAUGAGGGAUGAGUUAAUAGCCCAGGCCAAGGAGGCGGAAAAACGUGCCAAAUCUCUUGAGGCUGAAGUGACUCACCUUCAAGAAGACUUAGCUUCUAGUGAGAGGGCCCGCCGUUCGGCUGAAAACGAACGCGAAGAGCUUUUUGAAGAGAAUAACUCAUUAGGACCUCUACGAGCAUUAAUGCAGGACGAGAAGAGACGACUGGAGGCUACCAUUAGUCAACUACAAGAAGAACUGGAAGAAGAACAGAGCAAUUCGGAGAUUCUUAUGGAUAAAUCCCGAAAACAAAUGCAACAAAUCGAACUGUUGACUCAGGAAGUGGCCACAGAAAAGUCGAACGCACAGAAGUUCGAGAGUUCGCAAAUAAUUAUGGAAAGACAAAACAAAGAACUUAAGACUAAAUUGAAUGAAUUGGAAACAUCUCAACGAACUAAAACCAAAGCCACAAUUGUUGCACUCGAAGCAAAAAUCUCUCAGUUGGAGUUAGCCAUCGAUGAUGAAACCAAAGAGAGACAAUUGGCGACUAAGAAUGUCCGUAAAAUGGAAAAGAAAGUAAAGGACGCGACGAUGCAGGUCGAGGAUGAACGCAGACAUACGGAACAGUAUAAGGAACAGCUCGAGAAAGUUAACAAUAGAAUCAAAUUAUUGAAGAGACAGUUGGAUGAAGCAGAAGAAGAAUGUUCGAGAGAGAAGGGUAUUCGUCGUAAAAUACAGCGAGAACUCGAAGAUGCGACCGAAUCCAAUGAAAACCUGCAAAAAGAAAUCGGAAAUCUUAAGAAUAAAAUUAGACGUUCUGGUGGUUCCAGUGGUGCUUCCAGAAGUUACCUCAACAAUAAAAGAGGUUCAAUGAGUGGAACUGGUGACGACAAUUCUGUUGGCUCACCACUCGAUGACGACAGUCCUGCCAAUGAUGACAGUCCUGCCUAACUUAAUAUUGCAUUUUUUUAAUACCAUAUUUUUAUAAUAAUAAUUAUUUUGCAAUUUAGUGUUUAAUCAAACAAAUCAAUCACUGAAAAAAUGGGAUAUUGUUUAGGAAAGGUUUUGGAAAGAGUUUUAUAAAAAAUACUAUAAUUUUGUUUUAGUACUGCAAUGAUUUUUAUACUAAUUGUACAAUCAAUCAAUUGACACAAAACAACAAUAACUAAUUUGCCUCAAUUUAUUUGCCUUUAAAAGCUAUAAAAUAAUAUAAUAUACGAAAAAUAAUACAUUCCUUUAUUCAAAGGAUGACAUCAAGACAUCACACAUCCAUUCCGUUGCCUUUUAUAUCGAAAAAAAUUUGCAAAAUAUUUUAUAAAAUCAAACAAAAUUAUAUAUAAAGAAAAAUUUUAUUAACAAAAGAGAGAGAAAGAGAUUGAUAGUAAAGU